AUGGUGCUUGCUCCGUUCUUCGAAAAGGCUCCUUCCUUGAUCAUUUCCCCGAAUGGAUCUGUGCUGUUCGAGUGCAUUUGCAAUGCCAAUCCACAGCCAACUAUCAAAUGGUAACUGGGAAGAUUCAUCGAAAAAGAUAUACAUGACGGGAGAAAAUUCAGGUUUUUGAAGGACAAAGAGUUGACCGGAGACCGUUAUGUUUCAAAGAUCAAGAAGAUGGUUGGAAAGUUCACUGUCACGUUGCACAUCAAGGUGAGCAUGGGUACAGAAUUGAAAUGUCAGCUGAGAAGAAAUUAUUUGCAGAAUCCGACUCAAGAGGAUCAAGGAGUCUACAAAGUGACGGCGACGAACACGCACGGAUCGCAUUCCGUCGAGCAGCAGUACAUCUACAAGUGCACCGGAAAAGAGGUCUUCAAGACUCUCGAUUGA